UCUCUCUGCUCUGCUACGAAAACCCCCCAGUCAGCGUUACUUGAACGCGGCGGCUGAGUCCCAAUUCUCUAUCGGAGUCCUUCGCUUCAGGAACUUUUUCUCCCCAAGGGACCUUAAGAUGGCUGGAAUUUCUUUGCAAACUAAUCCUACCUCAGUUUCAGGGCCAGCUCAGACCCAAGGAUCGGUGAUGUCUCCACCUGGCCCAGAGUCAAAGCCAAAAAAGAAAAUUUGUUGUGCUUGCCCCGACACUAAGAAGGUUAGAGACGAAUGCAUUGUUGAGCAUGGGGAAGCUGCUUGUGAAAAAUGGAUUGAGGCUCAUCGUAAGUGCCUCCGUGCUGAGGGUUUUAAUGUAUGAGGUUUUAGUAUAGUUCAGCUGAUAGAACCAGUUUGAUCAACAGGUUUUGACAAUUUGAUAUACAUGAUUACAUUAGAAUCAAAAAUAAAAUGAGGGAGGGAAAAUUUUCUUUCCUGCCAUUUGUAUUCAUUUAGUUGCUGUAUUUUCUUGACUUUUGGAAGUAUUAACUUCUGUAUCACGGAAAAACAGUUGAAUGGAAACAACGUUGAGGUGGAAUAAAAUUUUUGGUACUGGUUUCUGUA